AUGGAGCAGGAGCUUGCAAGAGAGCUAGGAGUUUCCGGUACUCUCGAUCCGCUAUGUCUGCUGCACAGUGCUGGCCAGAAACGUGAUGAACGCGAGUCGCAGAGAGUGACAGUGCAGGUGUCUAGUGUCGAAGAAAAGGCGCCCGUUUACUCGAUGACCGAUGUGCGGACGGUUAGCCGGCUUUCACUCCCUAGACAGUCGGUCGAUACAGAAGAGCUAAAACGCAAGUUCACGCAUCUCGCGACGAUUCCAGCACAGUCAUAUGAAAGUGCUUCUCCACGCCUGUUGAUAGGCAUCGACCAGUAUAGGCUGACGAGACCUCUGAAAACGAUAGAAGGAAGUGCGGGACAACCGACAGCUACCAAGACGCGAUUGGGAUGGCUCAUAUUUGGUAAGUGCACAGACUACGAUAACGAUUCGAAUUUAGUGCAGCCAGAGUCAAGCUACCACAUCUGCGAUUGCCAAGGAGCCAUCUCAAGGGCAGAUCGUAUGAUGGCAGCGUAUUUUGAGGUCGACGGUUACGGUCCCGCCAAGCAGCUAUCGCUUUCGAAGGAAGAUCAACGAGCGCUGGCGAUCCUGCAAGGCAACACGAGGCACAUCGAUGGGCGGUACGCAACCAGUUUGCUAUGGCGGAGUGACAACACUUUUAUGCCGGAAAACCGUCACAUGGCUGCAUCAAGGAUGGAGUGUCUCGAGCGGAAAAUGCAACGAGAUCCGAAUCUCGCCGACAACGUAAACCGAAUCCUCAGGGAGUAUUUGGCGAAAGGUUAUGUCAGGCAACUAGGAACGGACGAGCUGAAGGUGUUUUAUCCCAGGAAGUGGUACCUACCUGUGUUUCCUGUUACUAACCCUAACAAGCCAGAUAAAAUCCGCUUGGUUUGGGACGCUGCGGCUGAAGUGAAGGGUGUCUCGCUUAACAAGAAGUUGCUGACCGGACCAGAUCUGCUGACGCCGCUACAAACCGUGUUGUUUCGUUUUCGCGAGUGUAGGAUCGCGGUGGCGGCUGACAUUCGCGAGAUGUACCACCAGGUACAGAUUUACGGUGACGACGUGCACAGCCAGCGUUUUCUAUGGCGAUGGGGCGACACCAAUGCAGAACCGCAGGAGUACGUCAUGCUGAGGAUGACAUUCGGUGCAGCUUGUUCUCCUUGUACGGCGCAAUAUGUCAAAAACGAGAAUGCCGAACUGUAUCAAUCCCGGUACCCUCGAGCGGUCCAAUGCAUCAAGGAGGAGCAUUACGUGGACGACAUGUUGACAAGCCUGGAAACCGAGGCGGAGGCCGUCGAUCUAGCGCACCAGGUGAGCCACAUUCAUGCUAACGCAGGGUUUCGGUUACACAAUUGGCUGUCGAACAGCCGCAGUGUUGUUGCAGCAGUGCAAGGAAACCCAGAAGCGGUAAAGGAGUUGGAUUUUGAGUCGUGCCUGAAGCCGGAGAAAGUGCUGGGAAUGUGGUGGGACACUGCAAAUGAUAGUUUCAGCUUCAAACUAUCCCGCAUAAGACACCUCGAACUGGCACGCAAAGAUAAACCCUUAUCUAAGAGGCAGAUGCUAAGGACCCUGAUGUCCAUAUACGACCCCUUGGGCUUGAUUGCCGGAGUAUUGUUCUACUUGAAAGUGCUGCUUCAGGAAGUUUGGCGCCUCAAUCUUGGCUGGGAUGAGGAAGUACCGGACGAGAUACAGUGCAAGUGGGAUUCCUGGAUGCAACGAUUGCCGGAUCUGGAAGGCAUUACCAUACCACGAUGUUACCGGCUGAUCACACCCUUUGCUGAAUCGUGUCUUCAACUCCACGUGUUCGUCGAUGCAGGUGCUGAUGGUUACGCGGCGGUCGCGUACUUCAGAUUCGAGUUUGAUGGCCAAAUAGAGGUGGCUUUGGUUGGGGCAAAAGCAAGAGUAGCUCCGCUUAAAUAUUUAUCCGUUCCAAAACUAGAGUUGCAGGCUGCCGUGAUGGGAUGCAGAUUUGCCUCGUCGAUACAGAGUGCUCAUCGACAUGAAAUUCAUCGUUACUAUUUUUGGACAGACUCGACUGACGUCAUAGACUGGAUAAAUGCGGACCAUC